AUGUUGUACCUUGUGGGUCUUGGGUUAGGAGAUGCGAAGGAUAUCACUGUUAAAGGACUCGAAAUCGUUAAAAAGGCAGACCAUGUAUUUCUGGAGGCAUAUACAUCAAUUCUUUGUGUAGGAAAGGAAGUAUUGGUAAGCACAUAGGGAUUACUAAAAUUACAACAAUCAAAUAUUUUAUUUGCUUCGGUAAAACUCCCGUUUAGGAUAGAAUCAUACGGAAAAAAAUGUUUCCUUCCACAAAGGAUUCCUUUCCAUAUAGGAAAGAGGGACUAUGUUUUUUUUCUGAAAUGUCAAUCGUGACCAAAGUUAGAAGUUAUGAACAUGUAACUUCUCCCUAUAAUAUUCAUACAGGAGCCAGCAAACAGGCAACGAGAAUACCCAAACUUAUCAGGGGGAAGUUCUUACCUUGAUUUAACAUCAAAUUCUUGUUACUGAUUUAAAGGGCAAUGUGUAGCAGGUGGAGGGGAGAAUUAACAACCAGAUCUUUGGAGUUAAAGGGUAAAGACAUUCCUCAGGAUUUCUUAAUCUUGAUUCACUUAUUGGGGUCAAAUGAUGCAGAGAAUCUGAAAAUGACCACAAAUUUACAACUUGAAUUGGCAGAUUCAAAUGUCCUCUUAAAAAAAGGAUAAAAAAUGAAAUACAUGUAAUAUAUGAAUAAAAUUAUCUCAAAAUUAUAUCCUUCCCAGAUUCUUUGAGGGAAGGCAUCAAAAUGUAAGCAAAUCAGAUUUUUUUUAGAACUCAUCCUGAAUGUUUUUUUCUCUUUUUUAGGAAGAAUUUUAUGGAUGCAAAAUCCAGUUGGCUGAUAGAGAAACAGUGGAACAAAAUUCAGGUGAAUACUUGUGUUAAAUAAUUUUAUUUGUAGCACUUGAAAUGUUACAUUUUUAAAAAGGAUAAUUGUUAGGAGAGCCUGGGGCUCAAUGGAUAUCAUGCUGAACUCCAGGUCUCACAAUUCAUGUCACAGCCCUGGGACGCAAAUGAAAAGAAAGAUAAAUGGUGAGAAAUCCAUGAAAAACCAUUAACCCUUUAAUGCUCAUGGGUGACCAGGACAGAAUUUCUCCUUACAAUAUCCAUACAAUAUCAACCAGAUAAAUGAUGAGAAUUAAGAAAAAUAAUAAUUUGGGGAUAAUCAGUGGGUCCAAUACUAAAAUUCUCUGAACUAACAUAAUAAUAAUUGUAUGGUUGACAUUUAGGAGAAUUAGAAAUUUGAUCUGGUAGUUAAAGGGUUAAGGCUUGAAAGGGUAGAUUCCCUCACAAGCAGAUAAAUAAACCUACUGUAGACAACAGAUAUAGUAAAUGACAUGUCAACAAGCUAUAUUAUAAUGAUCAUUAAUGGGAUUAGAUGAUGAGAAUGUACAUUUUGUUUGUGAAGACAUUAGAGUAAUUUAACCCUUUAACUCCCAUGAGUGACCAAGACAGAAUUUCUUACAAUAUAAAUACAAUGGCAAGCAGGCAAGUGAUGAGAAUAAAGAAAAAAUCUUAAUUUGGGAAUUAUUAGUUGAUCCAAUACCAAAUUCUCCAAACUAACAUCACAAGAACUAUAUUGCAGACAGUAAGGAGAAUUACUCAUGAGAUCUUGGGAGUUAAUGGGUUAAUGCCAAAACAUAUUUGCUGAACCUCCAUCACACUUCACUCAACUGAAAAUCAUAACAAAUGGUUUGGGAGUUAACCCUUUACACCAUAACAUCAGUAAGCAUUUUCUCCAUACUGUUCUCUAUACAUUUGCCAGGGUAUUUAAAAGGAGAAAUUGUCUGACAGUCAAGAGCUUACUUAGUUGGUGAUCAUUUACUUUAUUCUUGAGACCUUGAUGUAUGAUUAAGGGGUGAUUUUACAAUGAGAAACUAGAUACCAAUCACUCUUAAGGUUUAACCCUUUAACACCUAAGAGUGACUAGCAUUUAAUUUCUCCUUCAAAUAUCACCACUGAAUCACACAUUAAUAUCAUGAGAAUAAAGGAAAUGAUCACCAACUAAAGAAACUCUUGAUUGUUAGGAAAAUUCUCCUUGUCAGCACCUUAGUAAAUGUACAGAGAACAGUAUGGAGAAUAUGAAUUCUGAUGUUAGAGUGUAAAAGGUUAAAAAAUUCUAGAGUUACUUUUGAUAGACCAACAUCCUCUCUUAUCCCAUCCUAGUUGAUAAAAAGAAAACCACCAUGAAAGUUCUCUUAAGAUAAAUUCAGCUGAUGAUUAUCUCUAAAAGAUUAAAUAAUAUGAACUGUUUGUUCUUUAGAUCUUAUUCUGGAGCAUGCCAAGGAGAAAGAUGUUGCUUUCUUGGUUGUUGGAGAUCCCUUUGGGUAAGAAACAGUCAGCUUGAUUGAGUUAAAUUGCUUAAUGUAGUCUACCUUGUGAGCAGAGUCUACAAAGUAUUACUAAAUUUGCAGUAAACAUGGCCUGUAAAUUUUAAUGUAAUAGACUUGCUCUACUGAAAUAUAGUUUCUUUUAUUUUAGUUUUUUUGUUUAUAUCAUUUAGAUAUAAUAAUGAAACUUGUGGUGUGUUUCUUUACUUAACCCGUUAACUCCCAGAUCAAAUUUGUAAUUCUCCUUACUAUCAACCAUACAAUUCUUAUAAAGUUAGUUUAGAGAAUUUUGUGUUGGAUCAACUAAUUAUCCCUAAAUUGAUAUUUUCUUUAUUCUCAUCACUUAUCUGGUUGCUUUUGUACUGAUAUUGUAAGGAGAAAUCCUGUCUUGGUCACUCAUGGGAGUUAAGGGGUUAAGUCUGAGAUCAGCUAAAAGACCCAGAUCAUCAGGGCUUUUUGCAGAGAGGUAGAAUCAUAAGCCAUGAGGUUUGAUUUUUCUUGAGGGCUUAGAAUGUUUUCUUUGUGCCAUGCUGGUGAUAAGAGGAAAAAGUAUUAUUUUUCUAUUUUUUUUCAAAGGGCCACUACCCACACAGACCUGGUACUGAGAGCUCACCAGAUGGGCAUUCAAUAUCAAGUGAUCCAUAAUGCUUCUAUUAUGAAUGCAGUUGGAUGCUGUGGACUUCAGGUAGUUAUCACAAAGCUUUGAUUUUACAUAUAAGUGUAUGGUACAGUAACUGUACAUAUAUGUAUGGUAGUUAUAAACAGUCUUUACUAUUGUAUUCUUCAUCUUCACAGUUUGAUCCUUGCGUAGAAUUGAAUAUUUUAGCAGACUUGUGCAGCCCUAGACUCUUUUAAAGAGAGGUCAAAUUUUCUUGAUUGACAUUGUCACUCAGAUCAAUGCCUGCAAAGAGUAAAAUUUGACAGUUUUAACAAUUGUCUAAAAAUUUUUCUGGCUCCAAGGCUGGACAACCAUGCCAUUGAAAUUUGAAAUGGUUCUAAAAAAAUAAUUGUAGGAAAAAAAAAACAUCAUGCACUCUUGUUCAAGGGAACUGGUGACAAAUAUUUUUGCCUUACAGUCAGUGCGCUGGAAUCCUUGUCAAGAGGUCUGGGUUGGGGGUCUGGGUAUGAGACCUACCCAAGUCAUAGUGUUGUGUUCUUGGGCAAAACAUUUUACUUUGAGUGGGUCUCUCUCCAACCAGGCACCAGUUAUUUGAAGGGUGGAUAGUGCUAUCCACUGGAUAUGUCAUUCACUGGUGGAUACCCUAGUUGGGUUUUUUGACUUUUAUCCACAGGAUAGUUAUUUAUCCAUCGGAUAGCGUUAUCUGCCCUUUGAACAACAGGGCCCAGGAGCAUAAAUGGGUAUUGGCAAGUGGUCAGGGAGGCCUGAUAGGAAGCUGAGGGAUAACCUUGUGAUAGACUGAUGUCCCAUCCAGAGGGGAGUAGCUUCAUGUUAAGGAAACCAGGAUAAAAUCUGACAGGAUGGAUCACUCAGCUCAAGUACAGAUGUAACCUUUAAUGUUAAACAUUGAUUAUAAACAUUGCAAAUUUUUUUUCAGUUAUACAACUUUGGAGAGACAGUGUCCAUUGUACUUUGGACUGAUAACUGGAAACCAGACAGUUUUUACGAUAAGAUUGCAAGCAACAGAAAACAGGGUCUUCAUACACUUUGUUUAUUAGGUAAAUACUAACUGUGAACCCUAACAUCAGUGUGCAAGUUCUCUAUACUAUUCUCUAUACAUUUCCUAAGUUGCUGAUCAGGGGAAUUUGUUAAACAAUCAAGAACUGCUUUGGCUGGUGAUCAUUUCCUUUAUUUUUGCAAGGUUAAUGUUUGAUUCAGGGGUGAUUUUGUAAGAUGCUAGUCUUAAAGUGUAAACAUUCCUUUUCAUUUUCAAGAAACAUUUCUGUGCUUGGACAAAACCCAAACUCUAUUAAAUUCCUCCUCAGUCAUAAAGAUUUUUCCUAUUGUAGUGUAGAUAAGACGAGAAUAUUUUAUACUUUAAGGGAUUCUUGGUGAUAUUUUGUUUCAUAAGGAAAGAUGGUGAAAUUGGUUUUUCACAAGGGUCAAACUUUGAGACUUAAGCAAAAAAGAUAAGAUGACAAAUAUUUGUAGCCUAGUUGUUGAAUUGUUUGUUGUUAAUGACUUAGUGAGAGGGCUGAAAGGGAAAAUAUUUGGCUCAAGGGCAUGACAUUCAGACCAAGCAUAAGAGUAUGCAUCAUGACCUAGAGUCGAAUAUUUUCCUUCUUCAGCCUGACCUUUUUCAAUUGACAAGUAUUUUAUAAUGUGACCAUUGCUCUUCUUUCCCUUGCUGUCUUUUUUAUUUGCAUCCUGCAGGGUAGUAAGGCUUUUUUGAUGCUGCUUAUGCAGUUGCAUUAACAGCCAUAGUGUUUUUUUUAACAUAAGUGUGUGCAUGGGGUAAUAAGGGUACUCAAAUGGUAUUUUAUUUUGUGUUCUCACAUUAACCUUGUAACCCUUUAACUCUCAGAUCAAGUUUGUCAUUCUCCUUACUGUCAACCAUAUAAUUCUUAUAAUGUUAGUUCAGAGAAUUUAGUAUUGGAUCAAGUAAUUAUCCCCAAAUUGAUAUAUUUCUUUAUUCUCAUCACUCAUCUGGAUGAUAUUGUAUUGAUAUUGUAAGGAGAAAUUCUGUCUUGGUCACUCAUGGAAGUUAAAGGGUUAACGCUCAACAGUGACUGACACGCAACCUCUCCUUACAAUUCAAAUUUGUUGUCUUGUAAACAGGGAAUGAAAUUAGACAGGCUUAUCAGCCAGAGGAUGUUACCUUUAUAUAACACCAAAUUCUCUUGACUAAACUACAAGGACAUGUAUGGCAGCCAGUUGGGAGAGUAUGCAAUUGUAUCUUGGAGUUAACCCUUUAACUACCAAGAUCUUGUUGUUAAUUCUCCCCUAGAGCUGUCACACAUUUAUUUGUAAGCAAUUGACAGGAAUUUAGUGUUAGAUCAAGAUAACAACUUCUACCUGAUACAUCUGAGUCUUCUCAUCACUUGUUUGCUGAAUAAUGUAUGGGUAUUGUUGGGAGAAGUUACAUACUUAUCCCUCUCAGGGAUUAGAGGGUUAAGGGGUUCAUUUUCCCUGGACUUACAUUUGUGGUAAUCUUUUAUGCAGACAUUAAAGUAAAGGAACAGUCCUUGGAGAAUUUGAUGCGGUAGGUUAACCUUCUACCCUAACAUCAGCAUGUGUAUUCUCCAUACUGUUCUUUGUAAAUCUCCUAUGGCACUGACAAGGAGAUUUUAGUUGAAAAACCAGGAGAUUUUCAAGUUUAGGAUCAUGUUCUUAAAUUCUCGUGAGCCUAAAGUUUGAUUAACCCUUUACAUCCUAACAUCAGAAUUCAUAUUCUCCAUACUGUUCUCUGUACAUUUACUAAAGUGCUGAUAAGGAGAAUUUGUCUAACAAUCAAGAGUUUCUUUAGUUGGUGAUCAUUUCCUCUAUUCUCAUGACAUUAAUGUGUGAUUCAGUGGUGAUAUUGUUAGGAGAAAUUAAAUGCUAGUCACUCAUAGGGUUUAAAGGGUUGAGCAGUGAUCCUUAGUGAGAAAUUCCAUGCAAGUCACCCUCAGGGGUUAAAGGUUAAUGCAGGAAAUGUUUUCAACUCAAGAGUGGUAGUUGGUAAAUUUAAUCUGACUAUAGCCUCGGGCUUAGUCACUCAACCUUUUUUUCUACUUGGCAUGGCAACUGAAAGGAUCACAGGGGGUUGCCUGGGGGGUUGAAGCUUCAGAUUGAUUGACUCAUUAACUGCAGUUGGUCUGUAUUUCUUAACUUCAAGUUCUUUGUUUUAGGGGGAGAAAGGUUUAUGAACCUCCACGUUACAUGAGUGUAAAUGAAGCAGUGAGUCAACUUUUAGAUGUUGUGAGGAACAGAGAUUUGCAAGGAGAACCACCAGGUAGGAUCAUCUUAACCCUUUUAACUUCCCAGAUCUGAUUGUUAAUUCUCCCUUCUAGCUGCUACACAUUUUCUUGUAAAUUAGUUGCAAGAAUUUGGUGUUAGAUCAAAAUUAUAAUAACUUCUACUUGAUAAGUUUUGAUUAUUCUCUCUACCAGUUUGCUGGAUAAUGUAUGGAUAUCAUGAGUGGGAAGUUACUUGUUAAUGGCUUCUAGGAGUUAAAGAUUAGGCCCUUGGCCUCAGAAGUGAUCGGACAUGGUCUACCCUGUUGCUUUGGGGUCACCAUACCUAGAAGUUUGAUAAGUUUUGAUUAGUUGAUAACAUUUGCUCAUUCUUUUCAGCUGAGUGGUAUUUUUUCUUCAAUUUUACUGGCUUUCCACUUGUAAGAUCUCAUUAGUAAUUACCAAUUGUAAUUAGCUCUAUCAGCUGAGCUAACAAGCCAACAGGGAGCAGGUCAUUUUGUUGGUUUGUAAUAAACCUGUGUGAUGAAAAAUGAAUGACUGUGAAUAUCUGAAUAGUAUAAAUUUGAACGGCAGAUUAUAAAUGAAGAUGAGAGUGAUCUUCACAAUUAUGAACACUACCUGAGCAUUAGUGAAAAUAAAGCCUGAAAAAAAAUAUUAAUUGGAGGAUUUAGUUCAUUACUGCAAUGAUCACUCUCAUGUUCAUGUUAAGAGACUAAUAUGAUUUACUUCCUUCUUGUUUGACACAGCCAUGUUGACAGCUAUUCAAGGUAUAUACAGAUCAAUAUCAGUAUCUGGGCAACUGCCCACCUACCCCUCCCCUAAAUUGACAACAAGUUAAGGUUAAUGUUGAGUUAGGGGAGGGGUAGGCGGGCAGUUGCCCAGAUACUGAUAUUGAUCCGUAUAUACAGUGUAUGACAUUUUAGCUUUUCACUUAUCUUCUCAUUCUGGUUAUACCUUUUUGUUUUUUGUUAGCUUACACUGAUGAUACAAUUGCUGUGGGUGUAGCACGAGUUGGCUCAGCCAAUCAGCAGAUAGUUUGCAGCAGCAUGAAGGAGCUCUUGUCACAUGACCUCGGGCCACCUUUACACUCUCUUAUUAUACCUGGACAUUUGCAUUUUAUUGAAAAAGACAUGCUUAGGAUAUUUGCUUUGAAUCAGGCUAUACUGGAUGAGAGCUGACAUCCAAAGGAGACUCAAAAUAGUAUCAAUUGGAAUGCACAAGUGUACAUUUAAAGAAGCAAUGAAAUGUUUUGUGGAAUGUAACAAAAAGAAGUCCAUCUUAAUCGUCCACAUUGUUCCCAAUUCUAUCCUGUUUUCGUGCUACAUUUCAAACACAUUCCAAGGAGAUAAGACAUACCAUCCCACCUUUUAUUAACACCUUAAUGCUACAAAACUUUAUAUGGAUUAAUGUUUGGUAAUGCAUGUGACAAUGCAUGUGUGACAAUACAUGUCUGACAAUGCAUAUGUGACAAUGCUUGUGUGAUAAUGCAUGUGACAAUAUGUGUGUGAUGAUGCAUGUGUGAAAAUGCAAUGUCUAAGCUAUCCUCCCAUAGAAAAUUUGAAAUCAGAAAUAUAUGAAAAAAACUUUUCAUUAUCACUUUCUUUUCUACUUAUUUUACAAUAAAGCUUAGUACUGGUC